AUGAUUCGGGUCAUCUGUCCCACUUGUGUUCUUCUCUUUGCGCUCCUCUUUGUGUGCAUGAACGCACGUCCCGACUCACCAGGCCGAUCAAGGCGUGCUCCUGCUGCCAAAGUGCGACUGGCAGGUAUCAGCCACAGAGAAAAUGAGGGACGAGUUGAAGUCCUGCACAACGGGACGUGGGGCACCGUAUGCGAUGAUGAGGUCGACAUUAAACUCGCUAAUGUGGUUUGCAGGGAACUGGGUUUCCAAAGUGGCAUAACAUGGGCGCACAGUGCCAAGUAUGGAGAAGGAGAAGGCCCUAUUUGGAUGGAUAAUGUGAGGUGUGAAGGAACGGAGAAAACUCUGAAAGACUGCAAGUCGAAUGGGUGGGGUGUUCAUGACUGCAAACACUCUGAGGAUCUCGGGGUGAUCUGUAGUCCAGAGAGAAGGCUAGACCAAGUGCAUCCUGGAGUCACCAGAAGAGGGCACACCAUCGCUCUCAGACCAAACACAGUCACCUCGAACCGUUGGCAGGACAUUUACUCCAGUUCAAGGACACCUGCACAUCUCAGACAGGGCAAUGGACAUUCCCAGGAUCAUACCAGAUGGGAUCAAUUCUCCAGACAGCAGUUUCAUAAUCCGUCUGCCAGUAGGGUGAGGAUCGAAGAAGUCCGUCUCAAGCCGAUCUUGAUGGUUGCAAAGAAGCACGCCCUUGUUACGGAGGGUGUGGUGGAAGUAAAGCAUGCUGGGAGAUGGAGACAGGUGUGUGAUAAAGGCUGGAGUCUGAACAGCAGCAGAGUUGUGUGUGGGAUGCUUGGCUUUCCUGAUGCGGAGCAGCCCAACAUGAACACCUACAAGGACAUCAGUUUAAAGCCUUCAAAGUGUCUGUUGUUGGAAGAAGAGUUUCAGCUGUCAGUGCGUCUGAAGGCCGGACCACAUCUGGGAGAAGGAAGAGUCGAGGUUCUCCAUGAGGGAAAGUGGGGAACUGUGGUUGACCACCGGUGGGACCGGAUCUCAGCCAGUGUGGUGUGCAGAGAGCUGGGCUUUGGCACUGCCAAAGAGGCUCUUACCGGAGCAUACAUGGGUCAAGGGACGGGGCCGAUCCACAUUAACUCAGUGCAGUGCACUGGCACAGAGCGCUCUAUUUUGGAUUGUUACUUCCAGGAAGUCCCUCCCUGGACAUUCAAACACAGCCAGGAUGCUUCCGUCAAAUGUUAUGUUCCUAAGACAGGCAUGGAGACUAUGGUGCGGUUGGCGGGGGGCAGGGACCCGGCUGAGGGUCGUGUGGAGGUACUCAUGGAAGUGGGGGGCAGAAAGCGUUGGGGGACGAUUUGCAGUGAGAACUGGGGAAUAAAUGAAGCCAUGGUGGUAUGCAGGCAGCUGGGCUUUGGUUUCGCCACACGUGCCCAUCAGGACACAUAUUACUGGCAAGGUGACCCUGCUGCAGAAGAAGUGUUGUUGAGUGGGACUCACUGUGUGGGAACAGAAAUGUCCAUCCAGCAGUGCCGUCGAAAUGGUUACAUCCACUGCCCUCGAGGAGGUGGAGCUAAAGCAGCGGGCAUCACCUGUUCUGAAACGGCACCUGACCUGGUUUUGGAUGCACAGCUCGUGCAGGAGAGCGCUUACCUGGAAGACAGGCCUCUGCACCUGCUCACCUGUGCGCAUGAGGAGAACUGUCUCUCCUCCUCUGCCAGCCGUAUGCAAUGGCCAUACGGGCACCGCCGUCUUCUGCGUUUCUCCUCCCGUAUCAUGAACUUGGGCAGAGCUGACUUCCGUCCACGAGCCUCAAGAGAGUCCUGGACCUGGCACCAGUGCCACAGGCAUUAUCACAGCAUUGAAGUGUUCACACAUUAUGACCUCCUCACACUCAACGGAAGCCGAGUGGCCGAAGGACACAAAGCCAGUUUCUGUCUGGAAGACACCUACUGCCCUGAUGGACUUCACAAACGCUUUUCGUGUUACAAUUACGGAGAUCAAGGCAUUUCGGUGGGCUGCUGGGACACUUACCGCCACGAUAUCGACUGCCAGUGGAUAGACAUCACUGAUGUCAGACCCGGAGACUACAUCAUGCAGGUUGAGGUAAAUCCAUCCCUGGACAUGGCUGAAUCAGAUUUUAUGAACAACGUCAUGCGUUGUCGAUGUAAAUAUGAUGGACACAGAGUGUUUAUGUAUGGCUGUCAUGCAGGUGAUGCCUACAGUGCUGAAACUGAGGAUUUAUUCGAACAUCAGCGUCAGAUUAGCAAUAACUUCAUUUGA